AAUUCUGUUUUGGAAUAAAUAAAAAUUUUUCAAAAUUUCUGUGAUAAUGUCCAAGGCCAAUAUAAUGACUUGCGACUUUGAAAUCAAGGGAAAAAUCCCUAAGGAGGCCUUCGAGAUGUUCGCUGCGGCCCAGGCCAAGGUAUUGGGAUUGCGCGGGUACAUCACCCAGGUCUCUGAAGACUGCUUCAAGGGUCAACUGCAGGGUGAGGGCCGUGUGAUUGAGGCCUUCAAGCAGAUGAUCCUGUCGGCCGCCGAAUACGUGGCUGCCGUCAAGGAGUUCGUCAUCAAGAACCUCAAGGCCAUCGAUGACUACACCUAUAAGACCUUCGAAGUGAAGGACAAGGGGGCAAAGUAGAAGCUCUGCGAACACCAAGCCAUGGAUCCCUAAGAAGCCGAUUAGUUACAAAUCCGUGGCAAAGACUCGGAAGAACCAUCCAGAAAUCCACUGGGGCGCUGCUUUGACUUUUAGUUAAAGCUAUAUAUUUUACUACCAUUUACUAGACGCACAAUACACUGUUCCAUCUGCGAGAUUUUUAAUGCUUUGAUAAAAUGUGAAAGCUAUAUAUUUUUUAUGCAAAUAACUACACUGUGCAAUACCUGAAACUCCUAAGCCCGAGAACCCUGCCCUGGAGUUAAUUUUUGUUUAUCAAUUACUACACUACACUAACCCCCCCGAGACGUCCAAAGCCGAUCUGGAAGCGGGUGCUUUCAGAUCCCUGGUAAAAACUCUGAAGGACACAUCCACGAAUCAAUUGGUUGGAGUUCAAUAUUUUACUACCAUACUAAAUACCAAAUAUACUGGUGGAUCCCUGAGAUGUUGAAUGCAUUGACAAAAUGUGCAAGGUAUACACUUUUUUAUACACAAAUAUACACAAAUACGCCCGAAAACACUGCCCUCUGCUGUAACUAUUGAUUGGCCCCGAACGAUUAGUUACAAGAAGAUCUACAAUAAAGAAAGCAAAGAAUGUACACAAAUCCCUGGUCAAGAAUUGGAAGGAUCAUACACGAAUCCGUUAGCGGCGAGACUAAUUUUCUUUUGGAAAAUCGACACUGAAAAAUGCCUAAGAUGUCACAAGCUAAGGAGAAGAUCAAGCCGAGGGAAGAUCCUGGACAACGGUCAGAGCUUUGAGAUCUAUGGCAAAGAAUCCAAAGCACAGUUCAUUCAGGACACCUGUCUGCUGAAAUUAGCCAAGAAAACUGUACAGGAUCUUUUAGCAAAGACUCCGAGUGACCAUCCCAGGAAAACACACGAAUUAGAGGCUCUCGAAUUAAUAAAAAUUGUCUGUGUAUAAGAA